AUGUCCUCUUAUACGACUUUCGCCGGGGCGAACGCAAGCAGUGCUUGGCUGUCAGUACUCCAUAUUUGGAACCUUAAUCGCGCCUACUUGGUAUCUAUUGUGGGCGUUUCGCCGCGAAGCGAUAUCGACUUCUUCAAGGCUGAUGAGAUCGGCCGAGUUCUAUCUCGUACUAGAGCCUUCUACAAUGAGGAGAUUGGAGAUAACGAGUAUUAUUACAAGCUCAACAAAUACUAUCAUUAUAUCACUCAUGCCUCUCCCCAGUUAACACUGCUCGACGAUAUCCCAGUCGACCUUAAAAUGCGCCUGACACCAGAAGAUCAACAUAGCCUCGAAUUUCUCUACAAUAAGCGUACACAACACCAAAAUCAAUACCAAAACCAGCCGGAGAGACCUGUGCUUGAGCUGCCUCCCAUGGUAGUGUUCCUCAUGUGGUUGUAUCCCGGAGACCUCGGAGGAGAAGCCACCAAGAGUUUGAAGAAGUUUCUCGAAUCGAAUAAUGCUCUUCAAGAUUCCCUUGACGCGCUCCGGGAGGAACCCAUACCGGGCUAUCGGCUUGCCGGUUCAGGAUCCCCUCUCUGUCUUGAGACGCACGAUCGCUGCCGCUGA